AACAAAAGAGGAGCAGUUCAGUGAUCGGCCACAAACGGUCACAGGGCGUGCGCGCGCACGAUCGCGAAUAAACAUAAUCACCGCUAAAUAAUACGCGACUAACUGCUCGCGAAUUGUCCCACAAUUACGCGCUGCAACAUCCUGUGCUUCUGCCUCGUUGCCUACCUUUUAUUCCGACUCAACUGACACACAAACCACAAUCCCAACCGAACCACUAACCAACAUGCUCCUAAUCCUCCUCCUCGUAGGAACCACCUACGCGCAAAUCGACGGAGAAUUCUGGUGGCUCAAUGACAAACUCGCCCAAAUAAAAGGCCCUAUCCCAAACCCAACGUACGAAGAAGUCAGCGAAUUUGAGAAUGAUGAAACUGACAAGGUAGUCUUCAAUGAUGACAACGCGAAUGAAGCUAGGAGCAACGACAAAUGGAACGUUCGCUUUCAAGAUCAUACCAAGUUGACAUGGCCUAAUGAACGUGAAGCUAAAGCAACUAUUCUACCAAGUACUGUAUCAAGCGCAAGUAAAAUUGAUACAACAACCGGAGAUAUUCUCGAUUUCAAAUUCCCUGACGAUAAGUUCAUUUGGAAAGACGUCACCAAUACUAACAGACAUACCUUACCACAACCAACUCCUACAAACAGCAGCGAAGCAAAUACAAAUAAGAAUAAAACUGUUUUGAUCACUGACAAGGUGACUUUCAAAGUGUAUAAAGAAGAGACUACUCAAGUACAAAAUAUAUGCACUUAUUUGAAGAAAGCUGAAUGCAAGAGCAGAAAUGGUGUCGUUUAUAUUAAACGGAACAGGGUACCUCCUAAGAAGACACAAAGCGAUUCCCAGUUCAUUUGCUGCAUCCUUCCCUUGCCGUCGGAGAAGCCAUCUAAAAUUUACUUCGCCAACGACUUCCCAGUCAAGCGCUUCAGAAGAUCUACUAAGAGCGGCGACAUGUCAACAGCAUUAAAGCAAAGGCUGGCUUUAAUGCGUCGUAGGUUUCCAGUUCCAACCCGGAAAGUCAAGACUCCAACGCUACCUGCUCCUGCUAAAGUAACCCAUAAGAUUGUCACCCCUGACGAAGAUUAUGUAGACCCUUAUGCAAAUAUCAAAAACUCGAACUUUAAGAAAUCGUACGUAACUAGCAAUCCGUACCCGAUUAAUACUGGAACGAAGUAUGAAUAUGGUAACCAAGAUUAUGUUGAAGACUAUGUAGUUGAAUUGCCAAGGCCUGGUCUAGUCGGGCUGUAUUCUGACCAUGGGCCUGGCUCAAGCUGGACUUAUGUUAGUCGUGGGAAAACUGAUUCGCCUUACAGUACAGUAGAUGAUAAUGACGAUGUGGACGAUGAGGCUCCGGGAUACUCCACGUUUGAUCCCAGGCUAGUUGAUCGUCAAUCUAUCGGAACCGCUAGACCACCACACCAGAGACCAGGAUUUUUAUCUGAAGACUCAGACGAAGUCUCAUACGACAGUCAAAUCCACACAGUGAACUACCACGGACAUCCAGACUUUCAUAUCCUUCAAGGUUUCAAGCUCCUCAACUUGGUACGAAACACAAGUAGAGUCUACACCAAGAAUGGUCGAAGGACUACCACGACGGAAAGGGUGGCGGAUAGUUCCGAAUGCGUACACACGAGACCGAUAAUGGUACAUUCUGAAGAGGAUUCUGAAUAUGAUGAUGUGUUUGAUGUUAAUGAGAAUGUUUUCAAAGAUUGCGGCAAAGCUGUGAAGGAUCCGUUGAAGGAAUGUGAUCAUGACAAGCAAACUGGAGAAGCAGACGUGGGAUCUCAUCCAUGGCUAGCGCUAGCAGUUCUAACGAAAAGUCCUCAAAGCAUUUUAUGUUACGCCUCUCUAGUAAAUCCGCGCGCUGCUGUCACUGCUGCCGAUUGCGUCUAUGGCCGGACUUCUCCAGGAGAAGUAACACUCUUAGCCGGUAUUUGGGACCUAGAAGACGACAGCAGUGUAAGAACACAACAGCGCAUGGUUCAGAUCCACAUCGACAACCAGUACAAGGCUGGCAACUUAGCUCACAACUUGGCGAUGCUGCACUGGAAGCGACCUCUAAAGCUGGGAGUGAAUGUUCAGCCGGCUUGCGUAGCAGACCCUCACGUGGGUGACACUUGCAAGUUCGUGGGCUGGGGCGGGUACGACCAAGCCAUUAGACAACGGCCGCGGUGGCAGCGAGCGUCGAUCCUGACUCCGCGCCAGUGUAAUGACAGGCUCUCGUCCAGUAAGCAUCGGGUCACACUCCCGGUUGAUACUUUCUGCGCUUCCAUUGAGUCCAGGGCAUCUGUGACAGGUGUUGGCGGUCCACUAACGUGCAACAUAGGCGACCGGCACUCAGUGGUGGGCGUGGCUGUAUGGCGAGAUACAGCCCUGGUGCUUCUACCUGUCCAUGACUGGGUCGUGCAAGUUAUCGCUGCGCUCCGUAUACGAUGAACAAGCUAUUGACUAAUCAUGGCCUCACUACGCGAUCACGAGCGGCUCGUCGUCUGAGAAACCGUGGAUUGGAGGCACGUCGUCAUCAUCUGAAAAAGAGACGAAUGGUUACAUUUUAUAUCCUCGUAAUUUACUGUUAGGCAAAAAAGAACUCAAAAAGUGGAAAAGUCGGCCCUUUAAAACAAUAUAUAUAUGAGAAAACGGAACGAUACUGUAAUAUUGCCACUUUAUAAUUUUCAGUUGGAAUGGAGUUGCAUUUUUUAUUUUAAUUUAUUCAUUUCAAAUAAAAAAAAAACUUUUAUUAAAGCCUUCUUUAGAGUCUGAAUCUGAUGUUUUGCUGUAAUUAACUAACUCAUAUCUUUAGUACAAAGUAGUAUAAAAUAUAAAUACGGACAAAGUGCCAAAAAUAAUGUGUAUAAUUAUACGGAAAUACACAUAGUUUUGAAACUUUAUACACGUCCACAUUUUCAUACCAUUUUGGCUGUACAGUCAACGUCAUUAUGCAUAUAAAUUACUUUUGAAUAGUAUUCUUAAAAUAAGUUUAGGUCGUUUACUUUAGUGGUAGUGUUUGUCUGUUUUGUAUUUUAAUUUUAAUUAUAAAAUAUUUUCAAGCC